ACAUGGACGGCACGGAGAAAGGAGGAUGGCACAGAGAAAGGAGGACGGCAUGAAGAAAGGAGGAUGGCACGGAGAAAGGAGGACGGCAUGGAGAAAGGAGGACGGCAUGGAGAAAGGAGAAUGGCAUGGAGAAAGGAGGAUGGCACAGAGAAAGGAGGACAGCACAGAGAAAGGAGAAUGGCACGAAGAAAGGAGAACAAGAAUGACACAGAGAAUGGUACAUAUAACGUCACAGAGAAUGGCACAGAGAAUGGCACAGAGAAUGGCACAGGGAAUGGCACAGAGAAUGGUACAUAUAACAUACAGAGAAUGGCACAGAGAAUGGCACAUAGAAUGGCACAUAGAAUGGCACAUAGAAUGGCACAUAGAAGGAGAGAAUGGUCAAAUCAACCUACGCCGAUCCAUCAAUACAUGAAUAUGUUACGUGAAACGAUGGCAUGUCCUGAUUUAUCCACAAUAUUAGAUGGUUCAAUGCCAGCUGAAGUUUCUACUGGAACUUCUGUAAGAGACACUGCUCGCCUAAUGAGAGAAUAUCACACAACUGCCGUCUUAGUUAUGGAACAUAAUCUGAUUGCUGGUAUUUUCACAAGUAAAGAUAUUGUAUUAAGAGUCAUAGCUGCUAGUUUAGAUCCUUCGAC